AAAAAAGUAUAUUUAAAAAUAUAAUAAUAAGCUCUCUGCGCGUUCAUUCUUUCAGUUUGUUGAAUUCUGUUGAUCAGUUCAGAGGCUUUUUUAAAAGCAGCAACAAGUUGUUACAUUUCUCAAAUCAGUUCAAGUGCCUACAUUAAAAAAAACUACAAUAAUGGAUUUCUAUUACAUGCCAGGUUCUGCUCCAUGCCGAGCUGUCCAAAUGACUGCAGCAGCUGUCGGUGCUGACUUGAACCUUAAGUUCUUAAAUUUGAUGGCCGGUGAGCAUAUGAAGCCCGAAUUCACUAAGAUUAAUCCACAACACGUCAUUCCAACUCUUGUCGAUGGAGACUUUGCAUUGUGGGAAUCUCGUGCAGUUUGCGUCUAUUUGAUUGAGAAAUUCGGAAAGGAAGAACUUUUCCCAAAAUGCCCAAAAGCUCGUGCUGUUAUCAAUCAACGCUUGUACUUUGAUAUGGGAACUUUGUACCAAAAGUUUGCUGACUAUUACUACCCACAAUUGUUUGCCAAAGCCCCAGCAGAUCCAGAAAAAUUCAAAGCUAUGGAAACUGCCAUGGGAUUCUUCAAUACAUUCCUUGAUGGAAGCAAAUAUGCUGCUGGUGAUAGCCUUACUGUUGCUGAUAUCAGCUUGGUUGCUACAGUUUCUACCUACGAUGCAGCUGGUUUUGAUUUGACCAAAUACCCAAAUGUCAACAAAUGGUUCCAAUUGUGCAAAUCAACAGUUCCUGGCUACGAUAUCAAUCAAGCUGGUAUUGAUGAAUUCAAGAAAUUCUUCGAUUAAAUACUUUUCCAGUUCUCAACUUAAUUUUUAUUAUUUUAUUUUCAUGCAUUUUUUAUAUUUUGUGGAAAAAAAUUUACUCAUAUUUUUAUUUUGAUAAUAAAUCACUAUUUUGUCAAAAAGCUG